AUGAGUUCUUCAGAUCGUGACAUCAUCGAUAUCGAAUCAGGAGAAGAAGAUUUGUAUAGCGAUGGUGGUAACGACAUCAUCGAUAUCGAAUCAGGAGAGGAGGAUUUGUACAGCGAUGGUGGUAACGUAUCCGAUGACUACAACCCUGUGGACGACACAAUUAGUCGAUCUGAGAAAAGUUACGUUGUUGUUAAGGAAGAAGACAUUCUUAAGCUUCAAAGAGACGAUAUCGAACAAGUUUCGACGGUUCUCUCUGUAAGCCAAGUGGAAUCGAUUGUUCUGCUUCUUCACUAUCAUUGGUGUGUUAGUAAACUCGAAGAUGAAUGGUUUACGGACGAAGAGAGAAUCCGUAAAACCGUUGGUAUAUUAAAGGAGCCUGUCGUUGAUGUUAAUGGUACAGAAGUGGAUAUUCAAUGUGGAAUUUGCUUUGAAUCAUACACUCGAAAGGAAAUUGCUAGGGUUUCUUGUGGUCAUCCUUAUUGCAAGACCUGCUGGACUGGUUACAUCACUACGAAAAUCGAAGACGGUCCGGGAUGUUUAAGGGUUAAAUGUCCCGAACCUUCUUGUUACGCUGUUGUUGGUCAAGACAUGAUCGAUGAGGUUACUGAGAAGAAAGAUAAGGACAAGUAUUAUAGAUAUUUUCUUAGGUCUUAUGUCGAAGACGGGAAGAAGAUGAAAUGGUGUCCAUCACCGGGAUGCGAAUACGCGGUUGAAUUUGGUGUAAAUGGAAGUAGUAGUUACGAUGUUUCUUGUUUGUGUUCGUAUAAGUUUUGCUGGAAUUGCUGUGAAGACGCUCACUCUCCUGUGGAUUGUGAAACAGUGUCAAAGUGGUUACUAAAGAACAAGGAUGAGUCGGAGAACAUGAAUUGGAUACUUGCUAAGACAAAGCCUUGUCCUAAAUGCAAGCGUCCUAUUGAGAAGAACACUGGAUGUAACCAUAUGUCAUGCUCAGCUCCAUGUAGACAUUAUUUUUGUUGGGCAUGCCUUCAACCAUUGAGCGAUCACAAGGCUUGCAACGCGUUUAAAGCAGACAAUGAGGAUGAAACUAAGAGAAAAAGGGCUAAAGAUGCGAUCGAUAGAUACACGCAUUUUUAUGAAAGAUGGGCAUUCAAUCAAUCCUCGAGGCUUAAAGCUAUGAGUGAUUUGGAGAAAUGGCAAUCGGUGGAGCUUAAGCAGCUUAGUGACAUUCAGAGCACACCAGAAACUCAGCUCAGUUUCACCGUAGAUGCAUGGCUUCAGAUCAUCGAGUGUAGGAGGGUCUUGAAAUGGACCUAUGCAUAUGGAUACUACAUACUUAGUCAAGAGCGCAACAAGCGAGUAUUUGCAAGCUGAGGCAGAAAAUGGUUUGGAGAGACUUCAUCAUUGUGCAGAGGAGGAGUUGAAACAGUUUAUCGGGAAAAUUGAAGACCCAUCAAAAAAUUUCGGUGAGCUCCGAGCGAAAUUAAUUGAUUUGACUAAAGCAACUAAAACCUACUUCGAAAAUCUGGUGAAAGCUUUGGAGAACGGUCUUGUUGACGUGGCAUAUAAUGAGAGCCAGUCAAUAGAAGAACCUGAAUCUUUUACCAAAAGGUCCAAGACAAGGAAAAUAAAAACUUUAAUUUAG